GAGGUGGGAGCUUCUAGUAUCUGAGGAAGGCAAACACCCUCACCGUAUUCAUAUUGUCAUGUCACACGUACCUUAACCUCAUCAGUGGUCAAACAAAUAAAUUCAAAAAUAUUCUUUAGCAAACCGAAAUUUCGAACCCACCUCGCUGCUUACGCGAAAAUAAACACUGCGUAGCCACAUAUACACGUUGUGUACCUUUUGAUUUCUGUCACGCAGCUCACGUUAAUUUUUUAACCCCCUACUGUACAGCUUGUACUAGUAGCGACUGCAUCGCCUGGGGACGCGAACAUGGCUUCAAAAAUUGUGCUUGUCACUGGCUGCUCUACUGGAAUAGGAUUAUCUGCAGCUCUUUUACUGGCCAAUGAUAAAAAUAAGCGUUUUAAAGUUUAUGCAACGAUGCGAAAUCUUGAAAAGAAGGGCCCACUCGAAGAGCAAGGGAAAAGUGUCCUUGGAGACACCCUGAUCAUUAAAGCCAUGGACGUUUGUUCGGAUGAGUCCGUGAACGCAGUUGUGGAAGAGUUAUUAGCUGAUCAUCAGAGAAUUGAUGUAGUCAUCAACAAUGCAGGAAUAGGUAUGUCUGGUGCACUUGAGACUCAAACAAUGGAUAUGACAAGGAAAGUGUUUGAGACCAACUUUUUUGGAGUGUUGCGCCUCACCAAAGCUGUACUUCCAAGCAUGAAAUCUAACAAAGAUGGGCACAUCAUGUGCGUAACAAGCAUGGGAGGUAUCUUUGGAACACCCUUUAACAGUGUUUACUGUUCGUCAAAGUUUGCAGUGGAAGGUCUUAUUGAGUCACUAGCUCCAAUGCUCAGGAUGUUUAAUGUGAGAUGUUCUUUAAUUGAACCUGGACCAGUUUCAACUUCUUUUGUUGCCAAUUUAUCCCACACGGCUACAAGUGACGACAGCCUUUUAGAUGAGGAGACAAAACAGCUUUAUGACAACUACUCCAAAAAGAUGCGAGCUGCCUUCACCACAGUGGUACAGACCCCAGAUGAAGUCAGUCAGGUGAUCUUAGAGGCAUUACUAGCUGACAAGCCUCACUUGAGGUACCAGACUAACAAGAAUUAUGCAGCAGCCACAUCCAGCAAGCUAGCAGACCCAACUGGUGACACAUCUGUAGAACUUAUGUCCCAGCGUUUCUUCCAUUAGAUUUCUUGCCAACAUGGCGGACAUUCUGUAUUACAUUUCAGAUAGGAUAUCUUUAAAAAUAUGUCAAAAACUGGUUAUUAAGCCACUUCUGGAUGAACCAUUUUAAAUUUCAUUAUUACUUGUGAUAAUAUUUCUCUUGCAAUAAUUUGUAGCACCAAACACAGAAGUUGUUUUACUCUUUCUUUCAACUGAGAAGAUAACAUUAAACACUUGAGACUAUUCUUCACUACUCCACUGCAGCUGACUGCACAUAGUAUUUUCAUCUCUCAGUGUGGUAAAACAUUGUCUCUCAUGUUUGAUAUACUGCAUAAUAAAUUCAUAUCACUUUCA